GCUGGGUGCGACGUCCCGGCAUGCGUAUGAAGGCGCACCCGCUUGGCUGCGUGGACCCCAAGGCCAACAGGGAGAUAUACAGACAAAUAUCGGAGCUCUGCGGCCAGACGGUCAUGGACAUUGUGGCCCAAAUCAAAGCGGACCCGUUCGGCUGCGUGGCCGGCAUCUACAACAUCAAGACCCACUUGCACCAGAUGCAGGCCGUGCCCGGCGCUGAACUGCUCUGGUCUUCCAACACACAGGAGCCUCGCCCGCUGUCUCCUCCCGAGUACCACGCCAAGUACGAGGCGGAGGCGAGCGAGGCCGCGUCCUGCAGCAAGAUAUUCACGCCGCUGGCCAGCCUGCCCAACAAGAGCCAGUUCAAGCCACGACAGCCCACCCCGCCCAACGAUGUACAGCCGCCGGAACACAAGAUCCCGCACGUGCCCGCCGUCCAAAUGCCGCAAAACAACUCGAUGACGAAGCCGACUCAAAAGCCAGACCAUAUGAGAACGGUCAAGCGACAGCCCGUGCAAAGCCCGAGAUUCUCCAUGCGACCAUUGAGCAGCAACUUCACCCUGAAGAACCCCGUCUACAAAGUGUACGAUAACGGAGACUGUGGGUUAGACCCCCGCCUGCCAAGUAUUGACGAACAUUCCAACACGGACUUGAACGAUAAAAAGAUCGUGAGGAAGGGCACGCGGACUGCGUGCGUGAGGAAGGUCAACUUGGAGGAGGAAAGACCGCGGCUUAACAGCUGCCCUACGAGAAAUGGGGAAGCGAAGCGAACCGAGUUCUACAGGAGGGGAGGCGACGGUUUGCCCAGCUGGCGAGCGAGCGGCAUGCAGGCCCUCAACGCGCCACCCGCCAGGAUCCUCCUACAGAGCAACGCCACGACGAUCAAGCGAGCCUCCUUAGGGCCGGGACCGCAGAAUAUCGGGCGACAUCUCUUUGCUUUGCGAUGCGGCCACGCUCCAAGCAACAUCGUGAGUCCACACUCCUCAUCCAACAGCCACUGCAAAAGCGAGAGGGCGAUGCCAGUGGGCUGGUACUCCACCCGGAACACGGCGAACAAGGACGCGCCUCACCUGCAGAGGCUACGGAGAACGACGCCCCUAAAGUGACCACUCGAAACUACUCCUUAUUUCGAUGUUUUUAAGGACUUUUUUAAAUUGUUUACGUGUCACCUUAAUUGUAAUUUUAAGUGAAUAAAAAAGUUUUAUUCUUAUUGUACAAGGCAUCGACUGAAUUGUUUUUAGACGUACGAUUUUGAUUUAUAUGUAGUAUUGGUGAUAUUUACAUACAGCUAAAUAAUAGAGUGUUAUAUUGUGCUUA